ACUCAAAUUAGGGUUUAAGAUUUUUGAAUUUUCGUUUUCCGAUUACAUUCUCUUAUUUAACGGCGAGUAGUCUCCCAUUUUAUGUGAGAGUUCGUCCGAGAAUCGGAGGAGUUCCCCUCGCAAAUGGCUGCUAAUGCUCCACUCGAGUCGCCUUCAGGGAGCCCCUGCUGCAUCGCGUGGCAAGGGAAGUACCUAGGCAUGAAGAAGAGGCGUGAUGCUUGUAAAGAAGCCAUAGAGAUUCUCCAGAAGGCCAUGGCUGCCGCUAAUGAUGAGAAAGCCAAUCUCCAGAAAAAACUUAGGGAGAUGGCGGAUAACAGGGACGCUCAGGAAGAUGAGUCAGUGGAAAAAUCAUCUUUGGAGAAGGAGAUCUGUGUUUUGAAGUCUGAGAUACUGACUUUGCAACAAAGAUUGGAGCGUCGUAACCUUCAAGAGAGAAGUGAAGAGGUAGAAUUUCUUCAGGGUUCUAGUGGGGAAAAGGAGAUCAGUGAACUGAAGAGCCUCCUUAAGAAAGAAACAUUAAGGGCGGAUAAUUCUGAAGAAGAGAGGGAACAAAUUUGUAAAGAGUUGAACAAGACAAAGGCUCUGCUGGUGAAAUAUGAGGAUAUCAAGCCACACGUUCCUGAGGUGGAAAAGGAAAUAAGUCUGGUUAAGAAUCUUCUUGCAAGCGAGAGGCAUAAGACAGAGUCUGAGAGGAAGAAAGCAGAAGCAGAGAAAAAGAAAGCUGAUCAGUAUCUUUCUGAGUUGGUGGUUUUAAGAAGUACAGCUCAGAAGUAUAGUUCGGAUUUACGUGCUUUAAGCUCCAGUAUUGAGACUGUGAAAAAGCAGCUCGAGUCUGAAAAACAAAAGACACUGAAAGAGAGAAAACGUGCGGAUAUGGAGAGUGCAAAAGCUAAGGAACAGAUGAAGCUGGCAGAAGAUUUGUCUAAGAAGUUUGAAAUUAUUAGAGCUAGAAAUGAAGAGCUCAAGAAAGAAGCGGAAUUGCAGAGCGCUAGUAGCAAAGUAAAGUUUGCUGAAAACUCGGCAAAACUGGAAGAGAAGAUAAGGAUUAAUAAGAAAGAAGCGAUGGCCUGGAAAUCUCGUGCUGAUGAUCUGACUCAGCAAUUACAAGAAGUACAAUUAGUGACUGAGGGUUUGAAAAAACAGGUGCAUGAGCUUUCUCUCUCCCAAAAAUCUGCUCAGACUUGCUCAAUUUCUCCUCAUCAAGUUAGAGACCUGGAAAAGGCUAAAGUGAGGCUUUUGAAAAAAGAGUUGAAGUUCAAGAGGAAAUGUGCAAAACACUCCAAAGAGGUGGCUGAGUUUGAAAGGUUCCGAAGAGAAUUUCAGGCGGAAGAAAUAGGUCGGUUAACACUUGAGUUCCGUAGUCUUACAAAUCGUAUGAACCUGCUGGAUAAGUUUUCAAGAGGUACAUCUGGCCGUGCAAAGGCGGAGGACCGAAUGAAAUUGCAGAUGGUACAAUCCCAGAAGAACUGUAGUGGUGGAAAGCAUUCUGACGCAAGAUGCCAGUUGGUAGCAAGCUCUGGUUCUCAGGAGAAGGCUCGCAAGCUCUCUACUCAGUUAAUUGCUAAAUCCAGACAGGGCGUGUAUGAAUCUGUCUUAGGUACUAUUUCUCAAUUGGAAUCUCCUACUGGAGGCUCUAGAGAAUCACAGACUUCUGGAGAAAUUUCCAGCGCAACAUCUUGUUCUGAUGGGCAGAUACUGACCUCACAGGGAGCACAACAGUUCUCUGUUACUACUUCAGCAAAAACAUCAAAAGAUGAAGCGCAUAUCCAACCUGCAAACUCAACUAUGUUCCAGAAAAUCGAUACCAGGGAAAAUGAGAAUCUCUGUUUAGUGGCUGAUAACUGUCUCCAGGGACGUCAGAGAGAUAAUCAUGAGGUAGUUAAUGAGCACUCUCCAAAAAGAAAAAGAAUGCCAGAGGUAGAUGAGUCACGUAAGCAUCAGUCAGAUGGUGAUACACAGAAAAAAUUACAGCUAAGGGAGAAGCUGGGCACCUCGCAGUCUGUAGAAGAGAAAGAAACCUUGGUCCUUGAUAUUCAAGGUGGCUCCACUGCAAAUUGCACUAAAUUUUCUAAGAAAAGAAGGGUUUCUUGUGAGAAAAAGACAGUUAUGCGGAACUCUCUUGAGCUUAACCGGUCAGUCAGGACUCAAGGCAAUAAAGCUGGAAGUACACAGGUCGCUUGGAAUACUAUGUGCCUCUCUACUGCUAAAGGACAUGCUGCAGCAGCACUAUUUCUGGAAGACAUUGUUGCUACAGAUGUUAUGAAGUUGUUGGAGUUGGAGAAACCAGAAGAUGAAAGUCAUUACAACAUGGCAAGAGAAUCACUUCUAUCCCCGGAUCUUCCUCAGGUAGAUUUUUUGGAUAGUCUGAUCGUGAACGAAGACAAGAAUCCUGCUACGGCUCUUGACUUGGUUGCUAGAGAUAGUGUGGAUUUAAGUGAUACCAUAAAUUCUAGCGAAGCUUCUAAUUUCAGCACUCAGAGUGCUUCGGUGACCGACAAAAUGCCACCCAUGUCAACAACGGUGCAUGAUGACACUCUUAAACAUUUUGUUGUGUUUUCAAAUAUUGAAGACCAGAUCAGUAUCAUCAGAAUUUUCCAUGCUGCAAACAAUUGUAUUCAGCGAUGCCCAUCAAUUACUAGAGCAGAGUGGGCAGUGCCAGCAAUUCUGUUCUCUUUGAAAAUGGAAGAAAACCUUUUGGCCCGGGACAGGGUAUGUGUUUUCCUCUCCUUGCUGUUGCAUAACUUCUCUGUGGUUUCCUCGAUGAAUAUUGGGAACAUUCUGUAUGAUAAUGCUUGCUCCUGCUUGGACUCUUUCUCGAAGCAUAUAGAUGGUGUUAUGGCUGAUACUGAAGCUAGAUGUAUUCUUUCUGAAUUUUUGGAAGAACUCCUUAGUCUUUUUCAGGACCUUCUUUCCGAGCAGAGGGUAUUAUUUUGUGUUAAAUCCUCGGGAACAUCUGAAUCUGAUUCAAGCAUCCCGGUCACCCUGAAUGGAGAAAAUGUAGCCCUCUUCAGCAGAAUCGCUCUAAUUGAUCAUUUGGUGGCUGGAAGUGCUAUCUUGGCGGCGAUAUGUACUGCAGUGGACCGUGUUGGAUUUAUCCGUGAAGCUUCCUUUGAAAUCCUGCACAAGUAUUGUCAUGAGAAGACCUCAAUGCCACUGACCAUUCUUCACGUUUUUGCUCAUAUUGCUGGAGAGAAAGUGAUGUCAUCUAAUGAUCAUGAUAUAUCAAUUGCUGUGUUGAAAUCCAUUGUGAUGUGUCUCGAGAAGAAACAUUUUGGUACUGUGGAGGGAAAUGCUUAUAUGCACCCAGGCAAGAACAAGUGUCUAUUCUCAGACAAGUCUUCCUCGCUGGAGGCUAUGGCGUCUAUUCUCAUGGAAAUUAUUCAGGAGUUUACUAAGUCGAAUACUUUGCAUCAGAGCUUGACCGAGAAGAGCGAGUUUAGAGCGGCACACAAGGAUUUCCAGUGCGUAUUGGGCAGGGAUCAAAGUGUGACUUUAUGUGACAUUCUGUCAUUGGUGAAGCUUAUCGCCUGUUACACGGAAUGGGAUUGGACUAGUGCAAACAUUGUUGCUCCACUGCUUAAGAUACUGGGAAUGCCAUUGGCAAUGAACCUUUCUGUUGCGAUCGUCUCUCUUCUUGGGGAACUUAGCAGUAUUGGAGUGGAUGCUGGUGGCUAUGAAAAUGAAGGAAUCUCAAACUUGAGAGAGAAACUGUCAGCGUUUCUGCAGUGUGAGACGACACUAAAAGCUGGUUUUGCAGUCCAGAUAGCAACUGUGAGCUCUCUCAUGAAGACGCUUCAUCUGGAUUUCUCAGUAGUCGUUCAAGGCAAAACCACCAUGCUUCCGGGUUGUGGCGAUCAAAGUUUGUCUGCUUCAGCCAAUCUGGUCACCAAGUGGUUCUCUUUGUUGAGCGACGAACAGCGAGUUUUCUCAAACAAGUUCUUACAAACCUCUGUUGUUAGAUAAUUCCUUAGCUCAAAGAGUGUCAUCAAAAUCAGUAGAGUUUUGGGCAUGUCUCUUACUGUUUGAUUCUUCUUCAUUGGCUGAUUUUUUUUGGUUCUAGACUUCUAGGAUGAAGAUAUUAAUGGAAAUUUCUUUUAAUAA